AUGCCACGCCUCGUACGCCGUCGCCCGCUCUCUGAGCGCAUUAUCUCCUACCUGAAUCCAUAUGACUUUUUGCUUUGGCUCUCCGAGGAGUUUGAAGGUGGCGAUUGGGAGCAGCUUGAGAAGAACUGGGCGCUGCCUAUCGGUAUUGCGCUGAAUUUGGUUUUCCUGAUUGCGCGAGCGAAAAGUCGGUCCAGUGGCAGCAAGGCGUUUGAUGAUGUUUUCGGGGAUGAUGACAGUACAUCCUUGCGAGGGUGGCUGGCAUCGUUUAUUGUCCACUUUCUAGCGCUUGCCUCCGCAGCGAAUGCCUUCUAUACGUUCUACAAGAAGCGACACUAUCGCCUGUUUGAGAAUUCUAUCGAAACAGCCCCGGCGACACCCUCGGCCCAGCGCGUGCGCGUUGAUUCGAGCCCCAUGAUGCCCUCUCCCCUGCGCUACAUUGCCAAGGCCUUGUCAACUGAAUCGGCCAACUCGAGAGCGCAUCCUGAUGCACAGCGUGAUGUUUGGGAGCUUGCGAUUUGGGAUCCUUCGCCGCUUUGUCUUAGACUUUUCUGCUUGUUCAGCCCCGGACAUGUUGUGGUUUACUGGCUCUUCCUGCCAACCCAGCUUUCUGAUCCUCGCCCCAGUGUGACAAUCGUUACCGCAAUGGUCCUGACGGCACUGUUGUCAGUUCAGAUGUCGUUUAUUUCUUCUGCAUACAUACAGCAGGCCAAGGACCAGAAGGUUGUUCAUAAGGAAGUGUUCAAGGAAUAUGACACCAAAUACGUCCAGCCUCGAACACACCCUUUAAUGCGAGACGUGGGCACUCAAUUUUCCGAUCCGCAUGGACAACAUCCAAAGUCAGAAGACGACCUCAACAGGGUUGAUACCUAUAGCCCAGCCAUACUAAUCAAUCGUGGUUUCAAGACUAGCCCCAACCCAAAUUAUCUGAAGCACGUCGACCCUGAAGGGCACACCCCUGUGCGCCAGCCAACUGCAUCAACACCAGGAGUCUCCUCUAUAUUCCAAGGCCGACCAAUGCAGACCCCGAAUGUGUCUGGGGACGGUUCGCCGCUGGUGCGAAACCACAACCGCACAACUAUGCGACAGCCACAAUUCCGAUCAACGGCAACAACGUCUACGGGUGAUGGUGGCAGCCUCGGGAUCUUCACCCACGCAAACUCCCCAUUACGGAAGUCUGCGACAACGUCCUUUGACCGGCGUGUACAACAGAAUGGUGAUUUUAUCUACAAGGAACGCGGUACCACCCCGAUGCAGCGGACUUCAAGUCCCCUGAAAAGAAGUGUUGUGCCGGGAUCCGCGAGCACCCUCGGCUCAGGCUCAGCCAACAUUCAUAGAUCAGAUAGUCCCUACACACGUCGAGAAACCGGACGAUUUUAG